UCAAAUUUGAUCUUCCAAAUCGAAGCUAUAUACAUUCUGAGCUGUUGGUGAGUUUCAAAUUCGAUUAUUGAAUCGAAGCUACAUACAUUCUGCGCAGUUCGAUUCCGGCGUUGGUUUAGUUUUACAAUUUUAUGGCUGCGGGCGAUUCCAACAAUAGCAACGGCGACAAAUCGGUGAAGGAGAAUUCGGGGGUGCGGCCGAAUCGACGAGAGCUCUUGCAUAAUCCUGGAUUGUCGCUUGAGUGGAAGCCCCAGGAAGAGUCGGCGCUGGAAGAUUUGCUGGAAAAAUAUGCCUCAGAAAGCACUCCUGCCGUUUAUGUUAGAAUUGCUCAAGCGUUAAGAAGCAAGACGGUUCGGGAUGUUGCAUUACGCUGCAUAUGGAUGAGUAAGAAGGAGAAUGGCAAGAGAAAGAAAGAGGAUAUCAGUUCAUUGAGGAAAAAUGAAGGCAAAAAGGAAGGUUUAGAUGCAUUGGCGGAAUCAUCUCAAGUACCAAGCCUCGUCAAUGGACUUGCAGUGAUGUCAGUGGACGUGGACGUGGACAGUGUUGACAGAUUGAAUGCUAUCGAUGAUCCUGCUAGACAGAUUCUCAGGAAUAAUGCUCGGGCCUUGGAUCAAAUUUCUAUCAACUUGUCUGCUUGCAAGCUUGAUGAGAACAUCCGUCUCUUCAUUGAAGCCCGAGCUAAUAUGAAUUUAAUCUUAAAAGAGCACGUUCAAAAGCUCCGAGGUGAUAUCAAUUUAAUCUUAAAAGAUUUGAGGCUGGAAGACAAGGAAGAAUUUAAGCAGUGGAUGCCGUCUUUUCCAGUCAAGCUGAACGACGACCUGGCCAACUCCAUUCUCCCUCCCUUGAACACUGAUGCAGAUCAAACAGCUUGAUCUUAUGCACAAUAGGUUCAUUUAUUAUCCAUAAUAUUACUUUUACUGCAGGUAUAAAGCUUUGUAAACACUAAACAGUGUUUAGGAUUGGAUUCAUAAAGGGUUAUUUCAUCGAAUUAAAAAAUGAAUUUUGGAUUUAUCUAGUUGCGAAUCCAUUGAGAAUUUAAUGCAUGAGAACAUUUUGCACUCAAA